AUGGAGGAGCAAGCUGAGCAAGAUCCACCGCCUGUCGCGCUCCGGGUCGACGAGAAGGAUGCGGCAAAGGGCACAGCGGCCUCUUCUGCCGUGGAACCCUCGCUAGGUGGAGGCGAACUGCAUCGCACGAGCACAGCAAACACCGCAUCGUCCGCUGCAUCGCCACCCGCCUCGCCUCCCGCAGCUGAAAGCCGCCGCUCACCAGUCGCAGAAGACUACUACUCCUCACGUCCGAAACACGACAAACUUGGCAACCCCAUCCCUCAGCGGCGCCAAGGCGCAAUGUCAUCAGUCUUUGGCAACUCAUCGGUACGACUACCAGGUGACCUGGGAGCCAAAGAUCCGCGAAGGCCGAAAUCUCCUGCUCCUGUGUCUCUGCCUGGUGAUCUUGGCCCGAACGACCCGCGAAGGCCGAGGAGCGCGAACAGCAGUCCUGUUCGAGGCCAUGCUCGACAGGCCAGUGGAGGGUCGCCCGCGCCACCGGAGGGCGAGAGGUUACUGAAGGACCCAAAGAGGCCCGCAACGCCAGUCGACGACAAUGACCGAGAGAGUGACGACGACGCGGAUGCUGACAAUGACAACGACACCGAUGUGGAGGACGCUAAACGCGGCAGAGGCAGGAUACGACCUGAGCCGGGCAGGACUACUUCCGGCAAAUCCGUCAACGUGCGAGACGAGAGUGAGGACUCUGAGCAAGAGUCUAAGUGGCCUGGAGGCGCAAAGCCGGAUCCCACCAAAGGCGAAAGCAAGCUUUCAUUCAAGGGCGACCCUAGUAUUAAGGUUACUGGACCUCCAGAGAAGAAGCGCGUGCAUCCUAUGUCAGCGUUUGACACUGCACCUUCGAUAGGCGCCACCCCGAUGAGCUCCGAUGAUGAGACACAUCUAGAGCUUCGGGCAGCUCAGAAACUAUCCUUGACCAUGUCUGCAGUUCACAGCACACCCACUGCCCAUCGUGUCAUCCGUCAAAUCGUGAGAGGCGACUACGGCCACUUCCAGCGCGAGGCUGAGGAAGGUCGACGCCGCCAGCGCAUGUAUCUUGUUGCUACGGACAUCUCGCCGGAAGCGGAACACGCACUGGAGUGGACUAUUGGUACUGUGCUUCGAGAUGGUGAUACUCUCUUUGCAGUCUAUGCGGCAGAUGAAUCAGAAGCUGGUGGAGCUGGAGAGGGUGGUGUGGAGAUUGGCAGAGGUGCCGACAUGGUCAAGGACACAGCAGCUAUUGUGAGAGACUUGCAAAGCACUACGAUCCAGCCCAAUGCGCCCGGCCCGUCACCCCUGGCUCGGUCCAGUCAGCUCGCAGCAGGUACAUCGAGCGACGCCCGCAGUCGUAGCCGUGGACCUUUCAGCGCCGCCGAGGCAGAACGCAGACGGGUCCUCGACGACAUCACAGCCCGCUGUGUCCGUAUGCUCCGCAAGACCCGCCUGCAAUGCCGUGUCGUGGUCGAAGUCUUCCACUGCAAGUCGCCACGGCAUAUGAUCACGGAAGUUAUUGACUUCCUCUCGCCGACCCUUGUCAUUAUUGGCAGUCGUGGGCAGAGCGCUGUGAAGGGUGUGCUGCUUGGUAGCUUCUCCAACUAUCUGGUUACCAAGAGCAGUGUGCCUGUCAUGGUAGCAAGGAAGAAGCUGCGCAAACACUCGAAGAGCCAGCGGAACAAGGAUGGAACUACGAUCCCAUACUCUGGCUCUGGCAGACCGGGCAGGUUCAGCAAUAUGAUCGAAGUGCCGAAGGGCAAGGGUCUUAGAGUCAAGGGGUGGGAGCAGGUCGGCAUUGAUUAA